CGCCUGGCGCCGGCUCUCGGCGGCGGCGAGGUCGCCGCUCCGGCCUGUGACGCGUGACGCACAGGUACGUGAGGGGCUGGCGAGCCCGGCGGUCACGUGGGGCGGGCGCCGCCGCUGCUGCCAGGCGCCGCGGGUCCCGUGCGGUCGGGCCGCCGCUCUGCCGCCCCUCCCCCUCCGCCCCCCGCCGCAUGUCGCUGGCGGCGCGCCCCGCUCCCCGUCAGCUGCCCGCCGACACCGACACCGCCGCCGCCGCCGCAGCCGCCGCCCUUGAUGUGGUUCGGGGCUGGGCGGGGAGAAGAUGCCGCCGUCCAAGUCCCGCAAGAUCGCGAUCCUGGGCUACCGGAGCGUGGGAAAAUCUUCACUGACGAUUCAGUUUGUGGAAGGACAGUUUGUUGAUUCGUAUGAUCCAACUAUAGAGAACACUUUUACAAAACUGAUCACAGUAAAUGGCCAAGAAUAUCAUCUUCAGCUGGUUGACACUGCUGGGCAAGAUGAAUACUCCAUAUUUCCUCAGACGUACUCCAUAGACAUCAAUGGCUACAUUCUUGUUUAUUCAGUCACGUCAAUAAAAAGUUUUGAAGUGAUAAAAGUUAUCCAUGGCAAGUUAUUGGAUAUGGUGGGAAAAGUCCAAAUACCUAUUAUGCUGGUUGGAAAUAAAAAAGACCUGCAUAUGGAACGGGUGAUCAGCUAUGAAGAAGGGAAAGCUUUAGCAGAAUCUUGGAAUGCAGCUUUCUUGGAAUCUUCUGCUAAAGAAAAUCAGACUGCCGUGGAUGUUUUUAAGAGGAUAAUUUUGGAGGCAGAAAAAAUCGAUGGGGCAGCUUCACAAGGGAAAUCUUCAUGCUCAGUAAUGUAAUUCCACUGCAAAGCCUGAAAACACUGGGAAUACAUUCUACCUGAAGAAGCAAAACUGCCCAUUAUCUUUAAGGAUAAAACUAUGCUUCUUUUUUUCUUUUUUUUUUCCUUUUUUCUUUUUUUUUUUUCUUUUAUAAUUUUUUUUUCUGUUAACCUGAAAGAUAAAAAGUUGGUUUGGAGCCUUUCCCUUCAGAUUAUGUUAAACUCUGACUCCUGUGCAAAUGGCUUCACUUCCAUUUUCAAAUUUUAAGCAAUCAUAUUUUCAAUUUAUAUAUUGUAUUUCUUAAUAUUAUGACCAAGAAUUUUACUGGCAUUAAUUUUUCAGUGUAGUUUGUUGGUUAGAAUAAUCAUCAAAAUGAUGCAUAUUGUUACACUACUAUUAACUAGGCUUGGAUAUCAGUGUUUCUUUGUGUUAAAUGUAUACUUGUAAAUAAAAUAGCUGCAAACCUUAAA